AUGUCUGUUUCGAGAAAGGAUUUCUAUGCCAAAGGAUAUGCAACUGGUAUUGAUGUUUUAAACCAAAAGGAGGUUGCAGACGUUAGACGAGAUUUUCAGAAGUUUGAGCAAGAAAUAGGCAAAGAAAACGCUCAAUACUCUCUGCAUAAUGUACAUACACAGCAUCCAUGGGUACUAAAGCUAGCAACACAUACCAAUGUUCUUGGUGCUCUGAAGCCUAUUCUUGGUGAUGAUAUCGUCUUGUUAGAUUCUCGCUUUAUUUGUAAAUAUCCCUGUCAGGAGAUGGAUGAUGGUGAGAAAUAUGUUGCGUGGCAUCAAGACGUAAGGUAUUGGGGUAUUGAAGGUGAUGUUAUAAGUGUAUGGUUAGCUAUAGAUGAUGCCGAUGUUGAAAAUGGUUGUAUGGUUGUUAUACCAGGUUCUCAUACCAAUGGUAUAUUAAACCACCAAUCAGCCAAGACAGACGGAAAUAUGUUGACAUCAAAUCAAGAAAUCCCUUCACAUCUAUUUGAUACUUCUAAAUCCGUUCCUUGUCCACUUAAAGCUGGUCAAAUGUCUCUUCAUCACGGCCAUCUUGUUCACGGAAGCGAGGCUAAUAAUUCAUCUCGCAGACGAUGUGGUUUUGUUAUACGUUAUGUAUCAACUUCCGCUAAACCAAUAAUUGAUCCAGACAGACCGAGGAAAUUUGAGUCCACAGUGUUAGUUAAUGGGAAAAAUAACCAGAAGAAUUUCUCGGAUAAUUCUCCCUCAUGGUUUACAUGGCGUCAUUAA